AUGACUAAUUGGGGAGGUAUGUUUAAAAAUUGAAGGGAACAUAAAAACAAUAAACAUUAAAUGCCUAUUAUGUGCCAGGCAUUGUGCUAAGUAAAUAUUGGGGAUACAAAUAUAUAAAAAAAAGGCACUCCCUGCUCUCCAGAAGCUUAUAAUCUGGUGGUGGAAGUCAAGACACAAAAGAAAAAAGAAAAAAGUGAGAAUAGCCCUAAUGAAGUCCAUCUCAAAGAAAUGAAGAACUGGUUGGAAGCUCUCUUUAAAUGCAGGUUUGGGGAGCAAUUCUUUGCUUUCUCCUCCAAUCUCUUUGAGUUCCAGGCUAGUGCAGUCACGAAGUGUAAUGCGUUUCCUGAUGCUAAGGUUCACUGGGAGCAUGAUCACGAUGGAGUCCAGUAAAAAGGACUCGGGCUGGCCUUGAGCCCAGAAUUGCUCCAUGUGCUCUUGUGUUUGCUUUGGUUCAGUACUUUCCCUGACACGACCUUUUCAGGUUCAUUCUCUAUCCUGAUACAGUAAGACUGUAUCUGGGCCCAAGAUAUGAGAUUGCUAAUGUGCUGGUAAGAACUGCCAGUUAUUGUGGAAACCGAGUAUCAUAGAAACCUUGUCAGAUCUGUUCUCUUUUCUCCAUUUUUGUUGUCUUCCUUCCAGGUGCAUCUAUGAAUGCCCUGGAAAAUUUAUGACUUCACCGAGUUUCAGAUCAAAACUUUUUUCAUACUUGCUUUGCCUCUAUUAUUUUUGUUUUGUUCUUUUUAAUGAGACAACAGUUACAUAUGGUAAGCCAUAAGCAAAAACGGGCAUGGAAAAAAAAAAAGAGUCAAUUGUUUUUAGUAUUUGUAAAUUUCUGUUACGUUGCUAAAAUGGCACCUGGUUGCAUUAUAGCUGUAUUGUUAGGCUGAAGAGCAGACAAAUUUCAAAAUAAUGUCAUUGUAUAAGCUUGAAACUGUCAUUUAGGAUUGUUUCAUGUUAAAUUUGUACUUUGUUGGUUUGGGGUUUUCAGGGAGUUAUUGCUGAUUUCACAUCAGAAUAGACUUGAGCAGCUGCAGGAAAACUUCAGACAGAAGAUGCUGAGUGAUGAUAACUGGAGAGAGAAGCUUGAAUCGGAGCUCAGCAAGGAGCGGACCCGGCACAGCGCCGAGUAUCAGGAGCAAGCUCUGCGGCUGAAGGAGGAGGCCAAGCUGGAGCUCGCCAUCGAAAGGGAGAAACACCAGGAAGUGAUCAAGCACUACCAGAAAGAGCAGGACAGGCUUCAGAAGAAGAUGACAGACUUAAUAGCCAGUGCUACCAACGAUCUUAGGAAGGAAGUCGCCACCCUAGAGAAGAAGCUGCAGGAAACCCAAAUGCGGCUCGCGGAAAAAACGGCGUCCAAAGAAGAGGAGAUUCAGAGCCUAAAGGUUCUGGUUGGAGAAUUUGAAUCCCGCCUGAGGAAGGAGAUGGACAAUUAUGACUCUAUUUUAGAGGAUCUGAGGAAGGAGAUGAAGCAGAAAUCAGACGAACUAGAAAAAGUAACACAGGAGCACACCCGGCUGGUGCAGCAGCUCACGCAGGCCCAGGAAGAGACCACUUUUCUGCAGGAAACAGUGAGGAGAGAGUGUGAAGAACGCUUCCAACUGACUGAAGCUCUGAGCCAAGCCCGCGAGCAGCUGCUGGAGCUCCAGAAGCUCAAUGGGAACUUCCCUUUAUCCCGCUCUUCUCUCAGUCAGGACAACCUAACCUCCCCCACUUCGAUGGUCAGCAACAAAAGCCUCUCCUGCCCAGCUCCUGGGAGAGGAAUCAAAAUCCCCAUCCUGCACUGCGUCUCCAAGGCCCCUAAAUCCCAGAGCCAGAACAAGUCCCCGGGAGGGAGCAACGGGGCGAGCUUCCCCAUCCCCAGGCCUCCCAAGGGAAAGCCGUCCUCAGUCAACGAAACGAGGCAACGAAUAGCUGUGAUCCUGCAGAGGAGGCUGAGUAACCAGCCCCAAUGAGCGGUCAGGGCAAGUUUCCACGUGCAGCACCCUGGGGCUCCCCAGCUGAGGGUGUAAAGGAGCUAGAGGUCUUUAGGUUUAACUUGAAUUCUCCAACAAUCGUGAGAGAAGAUCGGCCCCAGAGAGUCAGAGGGACAUGGAGAGAAAUGGAGAGAGGGCAGUUGGGAUCUUUCUUUUAUAAAGGACCAGAUUUUCAGAGAUUAAGAUUUGGGAGCUCGAUUUAAAAAAAAAAAAAAAAAAGCUAAUCAGUGAUUCAAUUUUGUGGUCUCAUUUUCCAAGAAGCCAAGAACUGAACUCAAAAGUUGCUCAGGAAAUCAAGUCGUGGGUAGCCCAGAGGGCUACUUGCCAUAUGUAGGUCUGACCCAAACGUGUAGUUUUAGAGAUCACAGCAGAAAUUGUCCAGCUGGAGACUCUGUUCUUUUUCUUGUAAUACACAGAGAUGGAUCUCUUCUUCUAAAGAAGGCAGUGCUUUGGACUUUUUUUUAAGUGAAAUGAAUCAUCUUCAUCGAAUGAUCAUUCAUGGAGAGAAGGAAAACACUUUAUCCUAGGAUAAAUAACUCCCAGGAAUCUUAACUUGAAUUGUUUUCAGAGCUCGUGGUCCUCACUGUCACAAGGAUGUCUCGUAUCUGUGCCUUAACCCCUUUGGAACAUUGAAAAUCACCGUGACCUUUAUUAUUGUUGACCUUUUUGUGUUAAAGUUAAGCAAUAAAGGUAAGUAACAGCUAGGGCGCCAGGCACCUGUGUAAGAUAGGUUGACAGUCUGGAAAAAAAGGGGCUAAACUUCUAACAUUAGAAAAUAAUGACUUUGAUUUUCUUAGCCGAAACAUUUUUACGGUAUUUUUCAGUAAAUGCGAUUUUUGUACUUAGGAUUGUUUAGAUUUAAACUUAACUUCUCAAACGAUGGUGAGAGAAGAUCAGCCCAAGAUAGUCAGAGGGACUUAGAAGAAGGCAGUUGGGGCCUUUAUCUUUGGACGCUUCAUAUUUUCUAUUCCCAGACCGGAUUAGUAUAAACAGAAGACAAAGCCAAGCAUUUGAGGUCUGUUAAAAUUCUAUAUAUGCUUCAAGAUUCUACCCCCUCCCCAUUAUCCUUUUCUCAUCUCUUCUUUUCUCCUUAGAUUAAACAAAAUAUCUUAAAUAAAAUUUCUCCUUAAAUCUUUCAUUGGUUACUACAUCAGGAAGUUCUAGCCUUCAAGGCCCUAGACUGGGAUGAUAUUAACAGAUGUGUAAUAAAUCGCUUGUGUGCUGUUAUAAUAUUUGCCUUUGAUAUGUCAUAUUCUUAUUGAUGAAAGUGCCUUAAAUCCUAUCCAUGUGCAAAAAUGAAGAAAUUGCUCAAAUGAACCCCAUUUCCAGUGUCUCAGAAUUUUAGGGGCUGUCACGGAGUCCUAGAGUCCUAGAACUUUCAAUAAUUUCCACAUGAGUAUAUGGAGCCCCCCUGAGAACAGGUUUAUUCUUUUGUCCUCGAGUAUGACAAAUAGUGAUACCACAUGCUUCCAUACCCUGCCUCACAUCUCGUGUUGACAUUCCAAGAAGAAAUGGUAAGAAUAAAAAUCAUAUAACGGGGCUUGAUUGCAACGGAUUCCAAGGAACUGUCCAAAUUGGUCAUAGCAGAAUUUGAUUUGAGGAAGGGGAACAUGAUUUGAAAUGCUGGCCAUUGGCCCGGGCUUAGAAAUCUUGCUUUGUUUUACAGAGAGUGAUUUUCAUUAUAACUCAUAGAGUUAUGGGAUUUUAGAGCUGACAAACUUUACUGAUUUUCUAAUCUACUCUGCUUUGGGCAGAAAGACUUAGAAGCAGAUAAUUUAGAAGGGACUUAGAGAUCCCUCAUUUAACAGAUAAAGAUCCUGGGGCACAAACAGGCUGGGCAAAUUGCCCAAAGUCACAAGUAACAGAAUUGAGAUUUGAACCCAGGUCCUCUGAUUCCCUAAAUGUACUUCUUCUUCUAAUGUACUAAUAUGUUUUCAUACAGAUGAGAAAACUGAAGUCUUCAAGGUUUGGGAACAGGGACGUGGCUCAUAUAGCUAGGGGGCAGAACUAGGCUGAGGAGCCAGUUCCCCAGUUCUCCAUCUUCUGGUCAGCAUGUUUCCCUUUUAUACUAUUCUUUCCAUUCAGGAGAUAUAGGUCUUCUAUCUGCAAAUUAAAAUUGUUUAUUAAAAGGGGGGAAGGGAUGACGGUGAGCUUGUUGAUAGUGGAGGCAUCUAGUCCCAUUUCAUAAGAAAAUAUAUGAUUAUCUCAUUAUCAUGUGAAAAUAAAUGAGGGCAACUUUCUCCCAUGUUCAGUUAAGCUUUGUUUUGUUUUUAUCUUGUCCUUCCCCCCUAAAUUAUGACUCUGCUCCUAGGAUCUCAAAGGAGAGAACGGAAUCUCUUAAAGGUUCACAGAUUGUUAUGAUUAUUAUUAAUAUUAAAGGAAAUUAUCGAUAAAUCUUGGCUUCUAUAUAUCAAUUCAAUAACAACCCAACUUAGCGAGUAUUAAGGGCUCUCUAUAUAUACAAGGCACUGUGCCAGGCAAAGGAGUCACAAAGAUAAAAAUGAAUCAGUCCCCACCCUCGGGAGCUUGCAUUCUCCUGGAAUUACUGCUAACCACUUGCUUUACAAUGAGUAACUUUUAGCGAGUCAGGUUUACUUAUAUCCAAAUCAGCCUAAAAACAAGCUCCUGAGUUCCUGCUAGAUUAUCACAUUCAUCAAAUGUCCACAGAAGCAAUUCUGGAGAAUGCACAGUUGGCAAGAGAUUUCUUUUUCAUUCUAAACCUUUGAACGCCAUCAUCUGAGCUGUAUAAAAAUACAUUUGAAGAAAAUGUUUUAAGGGAGAACAAAAAGACAACUAGAAGUCGAGUAAGUAAAUAGGGGUAACAGAGAGUAAGGAAAAACAAUUUAAUAGCAUCUCUUGCUUUCUCCCUCAGUCAGUGAACCUGCUGGUAUCAAACACUGACACAAAAUACGCAUAUUCCUGACAGGAAAUCUCCUAGUCAGACUCAGCUCUCCAGUGUAUAUAGAAGGUCAUCCUCUAACCCCAUACUCCCUAAAUACCUAGACUUUCCAGUGACCUCAAUGGAAGAUUUAUGGACAUGUGGAGAAUAGAGCAUCACUGGAAAUUUAACCUUGUUCAUUCACUGUUGAAAUUCUAAAAGAAACACCAUUUUAUUUUUCCUCCACAUUAGGGUUAUUUUUUUCUUUUUUAAAUGAAAAUUAAUGGAUUCUUUUAAGUAAUUUUUAAUUUCCUGAAUAAGAACACUAAAUAUUUUGCUCAGAACUACUUAAACUCUGUAUUUUCUGGUGAUAGAAUUGACUGGAAAUCACAUUAAUAUUUUAAAUUAUGGAAGAUUAAGAAGCUGAUGUUCCAUUAGGCUUUAAAAGUCUUUGUAGCCUUUAAAAGUCAUUAUUAACCAAUUAUAGUGAUAGCAAAGUUCUCUGACUAUGGUGUAAAUGUUAUCAAACUUUAUCACAUAAGUGCAUCAGCAACCUCUCAGAUUCAUGUGAUUUUAAAGCACAGAAUUGAUAUGUCCCCCUAAUCUCCCGAAACAGUUAAUGCCCAGCAGCUGAAAGCAGCAAAUUGAAGAUCACUCAGUCUUUAUGUAUUGCAAGAACUUGGUUGAUUUUGUGUGGAAGCUUCCCGAGCCCUGCCAUUUGGAGAGGGGUGUGUGGGAUCUUUUUCCCUUCCAGGCCAUUUCUGAAGGAGGGAAGCAUCCAUUAAAGGCUCCCUGAGCCUGCCUGGGAAUAUGCUCGGUACUUGAUCCCAGGAGGAUGGUAUCCCUCGAGUUUGAGCCAGUUACCCUCUACAAACUGACCCUGUUCAAACUUUAGAUCCCAACUCAGGUUCUAAAAAGGGUGAAUUGAUUGUUCCAGUGCUGCCUAGUGCAUUUUGAGGAUUCAAAGGAUCUUGGGGAGCACUUGUCUUUCAGGAGUUCCUGGUAACUCUUUUCCAUCUCUGUGCAUUGUUAAAUCGUAAUGUCAUAGAUUUAGUUGAACAUUAGUCCAUUUUUCUCAUCUUACCAAUGAGAAAAUAGGAUACUGUAUAGUAUAAAAUGAUUUGCCUAAGGUCAUGAAGCUAAUGAAGGACAGAACUGGGAUUUAAACCCAGGUUCUCUUCUUCCAAAUCUAGAGCCCCUUGCUCUUCUAGGUGACAAGGCAAUACAUACAAAUUAAUUAAAAAUAGGCUACCUUAGAACAUGGGAAUCCAUUGAACCGAUAUCUUGGACCAACGCUCCCUGAUGUACACAUGGACUCAUUAAUGAUGGAUGAUGAAUAGCACCAUAGAUGCAAAGCAUCCCCAAAGUUAUUUCUAUAGUGCCUAAAGAAGUUCGACCUGUGUAAAAAGAAAUCUUUUAAGAUGUUGCUAAUGUAUUGCAUUCUUUAGAAACUCCAAUAUGUGUAUUUAUGUAUUUGGAAAUUCUGAUUUUCAUUUAAUGGUUUCCUUGACAAUAUCAUGGCGGUCAUCCUCAGAAAAACAGAUAUUAUAGCAUUUAUGGUAUUGUCAUAAUUGCAUCCAUAGCAUAAUUCCU